UGCUGACCCUGAACGCCUCUCCAUUUCAGCUCAUUGCUGCUUCCCCACUGUUUUGGUGAAGAUAUUCCUGAAGAAUUGUUCGAGGUUGCCACUGCAAAAAUGGCCAAGCUGAUAGCCGCUCCUCUUAGUGCACUUGUUGAUGAGCCUGUGCACAUCCAAGUCACAGGCCUGGCACCCUUUCAGGUGGUGUGCCUCCAGGCAUCCCUGAAAGACGAGAAGGGGAAUAUGUUUGGUUCGAAGGCCUACUACAAGGCCAGUGAAACGGGAGAGGUGGACCUGGAGCGUGAUCCCUCACUUGGAGGAGACUAUAUGGGUGUCCACCCCAUGGGUCUGUUUUGGUCCCUGAAACCCGAAAAGCUGUUGAGUCGCCUGGCGAAAAAAGAUGUGAAUAUCCCCUACCAGGUUCACAUAGAACUUUCUGAGCCACACUUUCCAAUAAAAGGUAUAGUUGUCAGUCCACCGAUGGAUAGCCUGACUUUGGAAAGAUGGUACGUGGCACCUGGUGUCACAAGGAUCCCAGUGAAGGAAGGCCGCCUCCGGGGAGCCCUCUUUCUGCCCCCAGGCGAAGGCCCUUUCCCGGGGAUUAUUGAUUUAUUUGGGAGCACUGGUGGACUGAUCGAAUUCCGGGCCAGUCUUCUGGCCAGUCACGGCUUUGCGGCCUUGGCUCUGGCUUACUGGGGCUAUGAUGACCUGCCCUCUUACCUGGAGAAGAUAGAUCUAGAGUAUUUUGAAGAAGGUGUAGAGUUUCUCCUGAGACAUCCUAAGAUCUUGGGCCCAGGUGUUGGCGUCGUCUCUGUAUGCAAAGGAGCAGAAAUUGGACUCUCUAUGGCUAUUAACCUAAAACAAAUAAAAGCCACUGUACUUAUCAAUGGGCCUAACUUUGUUACUUCUGAUCCACACGUAUAUCACGGUCAGGUCAACCAUCCCGUACCAUGCAAUAUAGAAUUUGUCACCACCAAUGCCUUCGGAUUUGCGGAGUUUUAUCGGGCCUAUGAGGAAACUGCAGAUAAGGAGAGCAAAUACUGUUUUCCCAUUGAAAAGGCGCAGGGACAUUUCCUUUUUGUGGUGGGAGAAGAUGAUAAAAAUCUCAACAGCAAAGUCCAUGCUCAUCAAGCCACGGCCCAGCUGAUGAAAAGUGGGAAGAAGAAUUGGACCCUGCUGUCCUACCCUGGGGCAGGCCACCUGAUCGAGCCUCCCUAUGCCCCCUUGUGCUCCGCCUCAAGGAUCCCCUUUGUGAUUCCAAACAUCUACUGGGGAGGAGAGGUUGUCCAACACGCGGCUGCACAGGAGCAUGCUUGGAAGGAGAUACAGAAAUUUCUCAGGGAACAUCUCCUUUCAGAUGUGAGCAGCCAGCUCUGA